AUGAACAACACCACCACCAACAACAACAACAGCAAUAAAAACGCCUCCUACAACAACGACAAAGACGACGACGGCGAAGAAGACGAUGAUGAUGAUGUUGUUAAUGAUGUGGACGUUGGUAAAAACGAUGAUGACGAUGAUGUUGACGUUGAUGUUGAUGUCGACAACAUGAGCACCGGCCGAGGUGAGGAGGAAGACGAUGUCGGGGACGGAAAUAACUUGGACGAGUUCAGAGUUUCUUCUAAAGAUGUACGUUUGUGUUCGGGUGUCUACGCACCCUCCGAGGAUUCCAGUUGUUCCGAAACAGCCGCUCCUGCUAUGGUGACGGCUCUGGAUUCUUCUGCUACAAGCCUUGACCAAAUUCUUCCCGUCGCUGCCACCGGCGUCGAAUUUCCUGAACCAGUUGCUCAACAGGAACCACCGCCACAGCACAAAGCGGCGAUGUCGACAUUAUUAUGGUCACGACGGGGGUCAACCAAAGACGUCAACAACAAGAGAUCUCCAACAUGGAUACGUCUAUCUUAA